AUGGGCGAAACUGGGCGGAUAGUGCUCGCGAAGGCAUUGGCAUGGCGAAGCAAUGAUGAGGACGUGCCGUCGCCGCGGUAUGGCGAGGCGGCGGAGCAGGAGGAGAUGGACAUGGAGACGGGGCUCAUGGAGAGCGCCGGCACGGACCCCAAGAUGCAGCUCUUCUUCGACGAGGUGAACGACAUCAAGAACAACAUGGAGCAUAUUCGACACCGCCUUCACAGCUUGCAGGAGGCGAACGAGGAGAGCAAGCUAGUAACGCGAGCGCCAGCCAUGAAAGCGUUGAAGGAGCGAAUGGAGGCGGACAUAGACGAUGUGCUCAAGGUGGCGCAGGCCAUCAAGCGCCAGAUCGAGGCCCUCGAUCGAGCGAACUUGGAGAGCAGGAAGACGCCCGGGUGUGAGGAGGGCACGGGCACGGACCGCACUCGCAUGUCCAUCACCACGACGAUGAAGAGGAAGCUCAAGGAGCUGAUGAACGAGUUCCAGGAUCUGCGCAGCAAGUUCCAGAGCGAGUACCGGGAGGUGGUGGAGCGCCGCUACUAUACAGUAACGGGCAAGCGCGCUGACUCGGAGACGAUAGACACGCUGAUAGAGACGGGCGACAGCGAGUCCAUAUUCCAGAAGGCCAUUCAGGAGCAAGGCCGCGGCCAGCUAAUGGACACGCUAGCGGAGAUCCAGGAGCGGCACAGCGCAGUGCAGGACAUUGAGAAGCAGCUGCUCGAGCUGCACCAGAUAUUCAUGGACAUGGCAGUGUUGGUGGAGUCACAGGGCGAGCUCUUGGACAACAUAGAGGUGCAGGUGGGGCAGGCCGUGGACCACGUGCAGCACGGCACCAAGCAGCUCGUGAAGGCGCGCAAGACCCAGCUCAACACACGCAAGUGGAUAUGCUGUGGCGUCAUCCUGGUGAUCAUAAUCAUAGUGGUCAUCAUAAUAGUCGUCGUCAAGCCAUGGGAGUUCGCCAAGCAGUGA